AAGUUUUUGUUGGGGUGGACUUGUCGUUUAAUAAGAUGUGUACCAGUAGAAAGGCUGGGAAGUUGGGGGGGGGGGCAUCUUGGAGCAUCUUGACCCUCACCAGAUUAUCAUCCUCAGGUGCCAGGCAAAUAAAUGUCUAUUUUUUCGAAGUUCUGGGACCCGUUUGACAAAACUUGUUAUCGUCCAGGAUAGGUAGGCCCCAUAGAAAAUUGACUGAACCUUGUUGUUUCAUAUAAACAAUAUUUUUCAAUGGUUUCUUGUCGAUUCGAGGGUGCUGAUUAUGAAUCUGAAUGAUGCCACUCAUGUAAACUUCAGCAUUUUCCACAAAUUGGCAAAAUCAAAUAUGGCCACCAAAAUUACCAAUGAAAAUCAUAAAAUUGCGCAUUGGCUAUAAAUUGUGUUGCAUGAGUUAAAUACUCUCUAAACAAGUGGAAUGCCUCUGGAGGUCUCACCUGCAUCACGCGAUUCAAUAUAGCAGCAGUGCUGACUUUGAAAACUACUAUAACUCGCACAAGAUGUUCAGUGAUACUUGGUUACUCUUAUGUCCACGUUUUAUGAACUAGACCAAUACACUUACAGAGAUAUGAUGCUAAUUCAACAAAUACCACCAACGUGGCCAAAGUUCAGUGACCUUACAUGACCUUUGACCUUGAUCAUGUGACCUGAAACUCGCACAGGAUGUUCAGUGAUACUCGAUUACUCUUAUGUCCCAGUUUCAUGAAUAAGAUCCAUAAACUUUCAAAAAGUUAUGAUGGUAAUUCAACAGAUACCCCCAUUAUGACCAAAGUUCAUUGACCUUUGACCUUGGUCAUGUGACCUGAAAUGCGCACAGGAUGUUCAGUGAUACUUGAUUACUCUUAUGUCCAAGUUUAAUGAACUAGACCAAUAUACUUUCAAAGUUAUAAUUGUAAUUCAACAAAUACCCCCAAUUCGGCCAAAGUUCAUUGACCCUAAAUGACCUUUGACCUUAAUCAUGUGACCUGAAACUUGCACAGGAUGUUCAGUGAUACUUGAUUACUAUUAUGUCCCAGUUUCAUGAAUCAGAUCCAUAAACUUUAAAAGUUAUGAUGGUAAUUCAACAGACUUGAUUAACCUUAUGUCCAAGUUUCAUGAACUAGGUCCAUAUAUUUUCUAAGUUAUGAUGACAUUUCAAAAACUUAACCUUAGGUUAAGAUUUUGAUGUUUUUUUUAUGUUGAUUCCCCCAACAUGGUCUAAGUUCAUUGACCCUAAAUGACCUUUGACCUUGGUCAUGUGACAUGAAACUCAUGCAGGAUGUUUAGUGAUACUUGAUUAACCUUAUGGCCAAGUUUCAUGAACUAGGUCCAUAUACUUUCUAAGUUAUGCUGUCAUUUCAAAAACUUAACCUUCGGUUAAGAUUUGGUGUUGACACUGCCGCCGUCGGAAAAGCGGCGCCUAUGGUCUCACACUGCUAUGCAGGUGAGACAAAAACUUAACUUUGGUUGGUUGAUAAGAUUUCAUUGUUGAUGCCGCCGCCAUUGAAAAAGCGGCUAUUCCUGCAUGCAUAUAACAAUAUUAAUGAUAAUAAUGAUAAUAAAAAUAAUAAUACCAGUAAUAUGUCUCACUACACUACCAUCUUUAGAGGCAAUUUUCUAACUUUGUAAUAAUAAUAAUAAUACAUAGAAUUUGUAUAGCGCACUUUCCUUCCUAAUUAGAUGCUCGAGGCACUUAAUAGGAAUUACAAAAGGGAGAAAUCAAGUAGAUGACAAGCUUGCACUAAUAAACAAUAGCCUUUUCAUCAGAUUGUAGAUUUUUGUAUGUUUUCUCUCUCACAAGAAGUUUGUGAGCUCCACAAUUACGCACUCUCUCUCCACUUGCUUUUACUACUCUGAUCCAAUUGCUUCUAUAUUACUGUUUGGACUCAUCAAGUUGAUAUAACAUUUGUAUCAUUGAUUCAAAGACAUUAAUGCAAAUGCCUCUUGCCUUCAUUUCAAUGUACUCACCUAGACUAUCUGUAAUGCAUGAAGCGCAAAUGAGAAUGCAUGUCUGCAUGUAAUUCUGUUAGGCUCCUGAUGUUUUUUACAACAACAUUCUACAUUCCAAAGGGAAGUCAAUUUAAAAGUCAUUCAACAAAGGUGGUAGAAGCCAUUGUCAGCAUUGAUCUGUUAUCAUCACAUUCGGAUACUAAUAACUUCUUGAAACAAUGAAGAUGCUUAACUUCAUAUAUCUUUUGUUCUUGUUACCUACAAGUCAAUCAAGAUGCCUAAAUCUCUGUGAAUGUGAGCGGAAAGCUUUCACCAUCAAUAUAGCAUGCAGGGAGCGUGAUCUGCAUGACAUUCCACAGGACCUCCCAUGCAAUAUUGGUUUGCUUGACUUAAGUAGAAACUUCAUUACUACCCUAAAGAAAGAGUCAUUCUCAUGCCAAAAUGAGUUGGCAGCACUUCUCCUGUCUAACAACCAUCUCCGCAUCAUAGAGCAGAAAGUCUUUGAUGAUGCAGAACAUCUGGUAUACAUAGACCUAAGCUCAAACUUUCUUGAGAGUUUACCAUACCUUGGUUCUUUACCUUUCAUUCAAAAAAUAUCUAUCAUCCGGAAUUCUUUGACGGAUUGGAAUCAUCAGACACUCAGCAACAUAUCAGGACCACACCUUUCAUUACUUCACCUUGCAUUCAACAAACUAAAGAAUCUACCGGAAUUUCCAGUUAAAAUAUCUGCUCUAGAGCUAAAGGGAAAUGCAAUCACUGACCUGUCAAAAAAAAUGUUUAUAUAUCCAAAAACUGUAUCAUCUCUGGACAUUUCCUACAACGAUGUUGAGUACCUGUACAGACUGCAAACAAUGGAGAACCUUAAGACACUCUCUAUUGCAUUCAACCAAAUAAGAGAAAUUACAACCACUGUAUUCACUCACCUACCUUCGAUUGAAACAAUCAACCUUCAAGGAAACAGCAUCGUGGAUGUCUCUGCCAUCCAUGAUAUUCCACAUAUCAAGUCUAUCAUAUUAGACCACAAUCAAAUAAGAUCUAUAAAUAGACCAGCAUUCACUAAUAUUCCAGAUAUAGAAACAAUUAAUUUGCAGCAUAAUAAAAUCAUUGAAAUCAAAGGUGAUUAUUAUUUCAACAUACCAACUAGUCUUAUCCUCUCCUACAACAACAUGAUUGCAAUGAACAUAUUCCAAGGUAGAUAUCACUCUAACUUAAAGAUUCUCAAUGUUGAUGAUAAUAAUCUGCAAGUACUUUCCCUCAUUUAUUUUCCUGAUUUAACUUCUAUAUUUGCCUGUUGCAAUAAAAUUACAAUUUUGGAAUUUGGUAUUUAUGAUUAUCAACAUUUAGUAUACAUCAAUUUAUCUUGGAACAAAAUUACAAACAUUACAAACUUUCAACACUUGACAAACGUACAAAGCUUGCACCUAUCGCACAAUUUCUUAACAAAAUGGAGUGAUCAAAAUUUGUUAGGCUCAUCUCAGCUCAUUCUCCUCAGAGUUAACGACAACAGAUUGUCAUUGCUUUCAAAUUUCACAGCCUUGCCACGACUUGAAGAUCUAGAUUUGUCUGGCAAUGUACUUCACACUAUAGAACAUUCAUCCUUUGAAUUCCUACAAAGACUUGCCACUUUAAAUCUUGCCAAAAAUAAGAUUUCUCACCUUGGUUUCCUGAGGCCCAUUACCUCACUCCAAACGCUGAACCUUAAUUACAACAGACUUGUGGCAAUCGACCCUAAAGAUCUCUCAAAUCUUAUAAAUCUAAGAACUUUACACAUAGCAUUUAAUUUGUUAGUAGAGGUUCCUACAUUUACCAAAAGCUUGAACUCCCUUCGAAACCUUGACAUCAGUCAUAACCUAUUACCUCAUUUGAAUCUUAGCCAUGCCUUUAAUCAAAGCAUACCCAUUAAUAUCAAUGCAGCGGACAAUAGAAUUACCCAAGUUAUUUCAACUUCAACCUUGUAUCUAAAUAUUAAUAACAAUACAAUUGGAGCUUCAAAUUCAAGUUUACUUUCAGCAAGCAAUAUCUUUGCAUGCAACAAUAAAUUGACAGAUUUCAAACAUGUUAGAUUUUCAAGCACUUUGAAGGGACUUUAUCUAAACAAAAAUCAAAUAGCUACCAUACCAAAUUUUACAUUUGUUUUUGCAUCUUCACUCCUCUUUCUAGAAUUGGAUGAUAACCAGAUAGUUGAUAUAUCUCAUUUAGCUUUCAUUGGUCUUCAGUUUGUUGUCAGGAUAAAGCUAGAACGAAAUCGUCUGUCACACCUACAUUCUGGGGUGUUUUCAAAUAUUCAGGAGCUACAAUACCUUUAUUUAAAAGGAAAUCCUUUCACAUUCAUUUCAAGUGAACUAUUUUCAGGAAUACCUUGUAUAUUGGGUAUAUAUUUUUCAAAUAUCCCAGCCUCAAACAUGUCCAUACAAGCAUUGCAAGAUAUUAAAACUGUUAUAUUUUUGGAUCUUCAUGAAAAUUUGGCAUUUCAAGCAUUGAUUUUUACAAACUCAAGUAUACAACAAGAUGUUGCUUUGGAAUUUUCAAAUCUGCUUUUAUUAAAUCUCUCUUCAAACAAUCUUGGAAAUUCUUGUCCAUCGUUAUCAAUAAACACUCUGAAUGCGCUUGAUUAUUCUAACAACACAAUUACUUCAAUCCCUAGACACUGUCUACCAAGAAAGAGUAGGCCAUACAAUCUCUUCUUGUCACACAAUCAAAUACAAAACAUCUCCAAAGAUUCAUUUGAUAAACAUCAGCAAUUCUGGUUGUUGGAUUUAAGGUAUAACAAUAUUGUGUUCUUUGAACUAGGUUCCUUACAACAUCAGACACACUUGAUAUAUUUAUAUCUUCAAGACAACCAACUCACGAAAAUUCACCUUGCUAUCUCAACAUUCUCUUUGAAGCCAAUAUUUAUCUACUUACAAAAUAACCAUUUGUCAUGUGAUUGCCAACUUUUUAAAACUAUUCGAGCACUCCGACAAAUACCCAAACCAACAGUUUGUCAAAAACCUUCUUUGUACAUCAACUCCUCUAUUGCUGAGCUGACUGGCACUGAUACAUGUCGCCCACAACUGUGCUCUCCACCAUAUCAAACUAUGCUUUCGUUUGUCGGUGAUCAAAUGAUUGAGUUACCUUGUCCUAUUAAGACAUCAAACAACAUUUACUGGUCAGUCUCAUUAAAAGGGCAGCAACUCUUAACCUCUUUCUUACCAGAUGGAGUGGACAUUCUUCCUCACAAUUCUCUUAUCAUUACUCAUGUCAGGAAAAACAUGACUGGACUUUAUAGCUGUUGGACUGAGAAUGAAGGUGAUCAAACAAAGUUUACAGUAGAAUUACUUGUAGAGGAUGAGAUAGGAAACAUGAGGAAAGAGACUCAUAACCAUUCAGUAAUGUUAGCCAGAAAGUGGAAGGACACACUUGUAUGUGGUAACAAAUCUUUUGCUUCAAGUCAAUGUAAUAUCGUCAGUAAAUCAUAUAACUCAUUGUUUGUAUUUAUGCUAGGUAUCCAUUCACUUAUCACAAAGUAGUAAUAAGCCAAGAACACUCUAAUACAAAUGCAAAUACAUUUUUUAUAUACUAUGGAGAGAUUUUUUAAAUUUAAUUUUCAUGUAGGCCUACUAGAUUUAGAUUUUGUUCAUUUUCAUUAACAAAAUACUGUGUAGCAAGUGUGCUGAAGUGUCAGUAUGUUUACACAAUUGAUGCAAAAUAGCAUAUUCUUUUGUUUUUAAAGGACAAAAUGUAAACACCACUGCUGUUUCAUAGAUGUGUGCUAUAUAGAAGUAUUUCGUACAUGUAGACUAUAUUUGCAUAUCUUUGCUCAAUUUGAAAUGUUCGUACUUCAUUCUUGAUAUUGUGAAUCAGUGGAUGUGUACUUUCAUACUCCCGAGUCAUGUCAUAUACUGUAUAUAAUUUGAGAUAUACAUUCAAUACUCAUCAACUUAAUAAUCAAUUGCAAUCUUUCGUUACGGGGCUAGAAGUUUCGUGUAAGAGAGAUUGCAAAAUAAUCAUUGCGAUGUGUGUGAACCUAUUGUUAACGAUGUUGUAAGCUCUGUCAAGUGUUUACCACCAUACACCAUUCAUGAUGGCUCAGUGGUAGAGCGCCCACCUCGUGAAUGAUAGGUGGUUUGAUUCUUGGCCGAGUCGUACCAAAGACUUAUAACAAGUGGAGCGCCUCUGGCAGUCUCGCCUGCAUUACGCGAUUCAAUAUAGCAGCAGUGCUGACUUUGCAAAUGACUAUGAAAUAAUUAUUCACAAAAAAUACCAUUCAUAUAAUAUGUUACGACAUUAAUUGACCCUAAAUGACAUUUGACCUUGAUCAAGUGACCUA